AUUUUGAUCAGUUGCAGCUUAUUUUCGCGGACAUCAUGAAAAAUAGUCUGGGCAGAAUAUUAUAUAUUGCUCGAAUAACCGGAAGAGAACCAUCACACAAUGUUCAGAUCAGCAUAUAGUAGAAUAGCAAUUGGAAGAGUUGGUAGAAGAUCAUGGAGUUCGUUUGCUUCAUCAUCAUCAAGAACUAGUAUUACAACAUUAAUGUUGAAGAAUCCCUGGGCCGUAGGUUUGAUGUUGGCCGGUGGGAUUAUUGGCUCUGCAAUGACCAGUUCAACCCAAAUAAAACUAGAUCAAGUAAAGGAAGGAGUGUUGAAACCAGAAGAAUCAGUUGAUGUUGAUUCAGCCAUAGAUCCUUUUCCUUUAAAAAUUUCUGGAAUCGAUGCUUCUCACUUACAUUCUUCAUAUAAAUUAUUGGGUCAUGGAGUUAGAUCAGUUACUUUCGUCGGAUUUAAAGUAUAUGGAGUGGGGAUGUAUGUGGCCGAAAACGAUAUUGCAAAGAUCAAAAAUAUUUUGCAAAGAUUUGGAAGUGAUGAUUUGAAUAAAUCAUUACUUGAUGAAAAGGAUUCAGUUAAUAUCAUUGAUCAGGUAAUUCAAUCCAAAGCUCAAUUGUUGGUAAGAUUAAGUCCUGUUAGAAAUACAGAUUUCAAUCAUUUGAAAGAUGGUAUUACUAAAUCGAUCCUAGCUCAUCCGUUAGCUAAACAAGAGAGAGAAAAAAUUGGUACAGGGUUAGAACAAUUGAAACAGGUUUUCCAAACUAGAAGAGGGACCGUUCCUAAAAAUCAUUUAUUAUACUUAGAAGUAUUGAAAGAUGGGAGGUUAAGUAUUUCUUAUGAAGAUCCCACAAAACAUAAUGUUAUUGAAAUGGGAGUGGUUGAAGAGCCUCUUAUUUCUAGAACAUUAAUGUUACAAUACUUAAGUGGAAAAAAGCCUUUAAGUGAUUCAUUAAGAAAAAGUUGUGUAGAUGGAUUCACCAAUCUUUAGAUAAUUGAAUGUUUCUUGUAUAUAUUUAUGUAAAGUCAAACAGUAUAUCCAAAAUAAAAAUUGACAUCAAAGUUGUGAUUAUAAAAUACAUUGGUAGAAAAUUUUAUUUAACUAAAUAACAAUGAU